GUCGUGUUGCUCUGGCCCAGAAGAUCCGUAAACGGUUCCGUUUGAUCCUCAGGUUCUGAGCGAGCAGCCCAGAAGGACUGAAGCUGUUGGUCUUUGAUCAAAAAUAUUCAAAUCUGUAAAAGUUUCAGGUGUUAGAAGUUCUGACGGAUCUUCUGCUGCUUCCUCUCUGCAGCUCCGAACCAGCCUGUAGAACCUGCGGGCCCGGUUCGGUCCGCUGGACCGACAGAUGGAUGAAAGAAGCUCCUCAGAGAUGAAGCAGCCUUCCUCUCUCCUCUCUCCGGCACCGCCUCCGUCCUUCUUAAAGAACCUGUGAGCAGCAGCAGGACUCAGUCCGACCCAAACUCCCAGCAUUCAUGGACCGAACCGCGCUGCAGGCUCCGCUUUAAACGAACCGAACCUGGAACUUUCUCUCUCAUUCCGCGCCUGCGCCAUGCCGUCCGGUUCCAGAGGAAGAACCGGGUUCUCAGUGCGGGACCUUCUGGACCUCCCGAGCCCCUCAGGCGCAUGUGAGUCCGGUACCGAGGAGGAGAACUCCAGAGAAGCCUCUGUGGAGGAUCCGGAACCAGACGGCGCGCAGAAACUCGGGUUCAGUUGGACCCGGUGGAACCGCGCAGCAGACUCCGGAACCAACCAACCCGCUGAGCAGUCCACAGCUGCCGCCCGGCUCGGUUCGGUCCAGAAGAACCGCGGAAGGAAGCGACGGGUCCUCUUCUCCAAGGCGCAGACCUUUGAACUGGAGCGCCGCUUCCGGCAACAGCGGUACCUUUCGGUUCCGGAGAGGGAGCACCUGGCGGGCCUGAUCCACCUCACCCCGAACCAGGUCAAGAUCUGGUUCCAGAACCACCGCUACAAGAUGAAGCGCGCACGCGCAGAGCGCGGCCGCGACGCGCUGCAGCUGCUGCCGGCCUGCGGGCUCGCCAUCCCGUUCCUGGUUCGGGACGCGAAGCCCGGCGAGGCGCUGGAGGUUCGGCCCGGGAUCCCCCCGCUGCUGUGCGCCUACCCCCCGCUGCUGCGCGCCGCCGGCGGCCCGGAGCGGACCGGACCGCCGCCGCAGCUCCCCGGAGCGCAGCCGCUGGCGCACAUCUACCCCUGGGGCUGGUGAGGUUCGGACUGGACUGUGACCGAACCCGACAGAACUUUUCCGUUGGAUCCACAUGUUCUCCGCAUGGAACACUGAGGAGCGGCAGGAACGGAUCCAGGAUCCCGUGUUUGGUUUUGUUGCGGUUCUGUGAGCUUAAUUUAUUUAUUCUGUUGGUGAAUAUUUAUGAAUAAAUGUUUGAGUUUAACGCAGAGGAAGCAGCGCAGUGCCAAACAUUCUGGCUCGGUUCUGGUUCUUCUGAAAUCAAACUGUAAAAAA